ACGUUCUCUCGUUAAUAUCAUGGCUUCUUUAAGAGUAAAGAAAAAAAUCAACAAGCUGCAUGGAAACAAUUCCUCCAUAAGCAUAGUAGAAGCUCUUCCAAAUGAUUUAUUGGUGCAGAUUGUUGGAAGAGUUGCUUCUCGUUCAAUGGCCGACCUUUACAAAGUAAAACUCAGCUGCAAAGAGUUUCUCAAUGCUUCAGAAGAUGGUUAUGUUUAUCAACGUGCAUCAAUGGAUAACUUUGCUUUGGUUCCGCUUCCAUGGUUCAAACGUGAAAAAGAAAUUUUGUUUUUGAGGCGUUGUAGAGAACGUGGAAAUUUGGAGAUUUUUUAUCGUGAAGGAAUGGUACAGUAUUUCAAAACUUUGAUGCUGAACUUGGGUUUGGAGAAUUUGAAAAAGGCUGCAUUAGAGGGUCAUCAUGAAGCCAAAUAUGUUUAUUCAAUGAUUUUGAUGGCGAAUCGUGAAGAUGAAGAAGAAAGAAAACUUGGGUUUGAUCUCUUUGCUGAAUUGAAAAAUUCUGUUGCAAGUUGUAGAAAGAGGGUGAAGAGUUUUGUUCAAAGUAUGUGGGUGAAAAAUCGUGUGAUAGUUCCAAAUCAAGGAUUGGAUUUAUGUCAUUCAAGCUCAUGUCAGAGGAAUGGAACAGAGAAGAAGAAGAAGAAGAAGAAAUAUUCAACAUGGUAUGCUGCUGCCUAUAAAAUUGAUGAUGAAGAUGAUUGUACUUUAUGCAAAUAUUGUGCUGGAAAUUACGAAUUAGGUUUGUUUUGUAACAUGUUUCCUGUCUAG